CGGACUUUGAUGCUCAACAGAACUGCUCAAUUAAUUUGGCCGGAGCUGUGCCAUGUCUACCCUAUGGCUGGCGGCCUUGAUAGCUGGGUUUGUCGUGCUCUAUGUGAAAGUGAAGGAACACAUCCUCCGCACUUUGGAGCAUGAGGGUGGCCGGAUUGUUCCCAUUUGGGUUUCGAAAAUGCUGCGGGAGGCGCUGGGCCGUUAUUCAAACUUCGUGGGUGUUCGUGAGGUCUCGAUUGGUGGUGAAGGGCUCGCAUGUGAUCGCUCGCGCAAGUACAUGAUUGUUUGGCAUCCGCACGGCUUCAUCACCUGGGUUCCUUUCUUCAUAGCAGGCAGGUAUGCGUUGGAUGCUCAGCCCUGUGGUGAGCAUUGGUUUCCCGUAGUGGCGCCCGUGCUUUUCCGGGUUCCUAUUUUCAGUGAGAUGUUGAUCAUUCUGGGUGCUCGUCGAGUGGACAAAAAGGUGAUUGACAAGAUGCUCGCAAGGGGUGACAGCAUUGCUAUACAGCCUGGUGGAGUGAAGGAACAGGCCCAAUCCAGCGAGAAGCAAGAGCAAGCCUUCUUCCCUGCAAGACUGGGAUUCGUUCGCAUGGCAAUCAGGCAUGGUGUGGACUUGCUGCCGGCCUAUUUCUUUGGUGAGAAUCAGCUCUACAAGAAAGUUGAAGGCUAUCAACAGCCACUCGCGAGAAGAUUUUUGGCAACGUACCCGUCAUGUAUGGAUCAUCCGCACACUACCUUCCAAAACGUAUUUGUCAGCAGGCGCUGCAUUCUCCUGUGCCCGUGUGUGGAUGUAGGCCCUGCAACGUUGGAGACGUAUUCGGCAAAUCCAAAAGUAUCGUUCCCCCCGUUGUUGUCUCACUCUUUGCCCAUCCAAGGUUAUCUAUAUAGUCUCCAAAGUCUAACUUCCUUCCCCCUUUGGUAUGUUCACAUUGAGUCAACCGAUUCGUGCUUUCAAAUUAGAGAUGUUGUGGCCUUGAGAGGAAUGACGCUUCCCAUUGUCACUUCUCGCUUUGGCAUUCCUAUGGGCGGGUUGCUUCCUAUCCCGACGCCUAUACAUACACGCUAUGGCCGCCCUGUGCCCGUCGGACCUCCAGAACCAGAUCCGAGCGACGAGAGGGUGGAGGAGGUGUUUUUGAAAUAUUUGGCCGAGCUUCGUAGACUCUUCGACGAGCAUGCAAAAGACUGUCUGCCAUAUGACGUCGCCCAACGGGGACUUCGAAUUGUACGUUUGGAUGGCAAACCAGUGCCAGAAGACAUCCGCUGAUUUCAAGUCCUGGCCGCAAGAACUGACACAUCUCGCCUGGUGUCUGUUUCUUUAGGACAGAGCACCACUAUAUACUGCAGAUUUGUGUGUCAACAAGUUGCAACGUUUGCACGGGUUUCGUUCGAGGUAGCAAGCUGACUAACUACGUCGGCCUGCAAAGGCUUUAAUAUUGGUUUCACUCUGUAAAGAGUAUGUGGCCCUGCAGCUGGAUUCCUUGCAGCGAAAAGUGUUUGGUGUGCCAAGCAUCAGCAGAUGUAAAGGAAGAGCUGCCCGUGCACUUUGACAGUUGAUCAAUGGCGGCCGCUGCAGCUGUGAGCGUUUAACCAAAAGACAUCAAAGGAUCAGC